CAAAGCCGCUUUGUAUAACAUCCGAUAGCAUAGCCAAAUUUCAAACGCAUGCUAUGAUGAGAUGGUGCUAUCAAGCUACGCUAAAUCUCUCAAAACUGCGGGUAUUAAGAGAACACAUAAAACGCUCACCACUUCGUUUUAUACGCAUCAGAAUAAAAACCAAUUCAUAACUUGUAUCGACAACGCUGACUCUAUAACAUGUCACAUUCUUUGGAGUAUCUCGAUAGAAGCCGUAUGUAAUUAUAAUAAAUGAAAUGUUGGUAUAAUAUAGGAGUUUUCUAGAAUGGUUAUUGGAAAUGGACACAAGAAUACGAGUAUUGGAAACAGCAUAAUUAUUGAAAAGUGUUUUUAUAUUUCAGCACAUAAAAAGUAAAUAGUUUGAAAGUUAAAGAUGGAAUAUAACUAUAAUCAUUAUCGGUGAUUUUGAAUAGGAAAUAAAUAUAUUGUUAACAGACAAAUGGUUAAAUAUUUAAUUCAGUUAAUGAUUUGCUGAUGGAUUGAUUUUGUUUGUAUUCGAUUAAGUCAAUUGAUAAAAUAUCCUUUAUAUAAUUUGUGAUUGUAUACAUUAUGUUCAACGCUUGAAUCUUAAAGAUAUUCAUAAAUCAUUGUGUUCUUAGAGACAAAAUGAACAAAAGUUUCAACAGUCAAACUUAUGAAGUAUUAAACAAUAGUACGGAUAUUGUUGAUGACGACGGCUACUAUUUUUACGAAGAUCUUGAUAAACUAAAACAUUCAUGGAUACACGAACCCCACUUUGUGCCUUUGAUAAUAGUUUAUGGGACCGUCUUUCUAAUUGGAGUAAUAGGAAAUGGUAUAGUGAUGUUUUCAGUACUUGGAUCUGGGUCGUCAAGGUCGGUCACCUUUACUUUUAUGAUGAGUUUAGCUUUAGCGGAUAUUUUAUUCCUGAUGGUUGUAGUUCCACACGAGACUCUACGAAUGGUUCUCGGAGAAUGGUCUGGUGGAAGAGCGUUCUGCAAGGUUUCUGGAUUUAUUGAAAUGCUCACAGCUGUAGCGUCAAUUCUUAAUCUCACGGCAAUUAGCUUUGAAAGGUAUUUUGUGAUAGUUAUGCCAAUGCAAAGUAGACGGAAGUGUACGAUAGGUUAUACCCGGAAACUUCUUGUCAUCGUAUGGAUUUUGUCGACGUUUUUGUCGGCACCGGCGCUUUAUGUUAAGGACACACAGCAGACGACAUACCGGAAUAAUGACAGCUCUGUGACGCUAGUUUUCUGCUCGGAUCACGGUGUGAAAGAUCACGAGAGAUUGUAUUUUGCAAUCUACCAACUGAUGAUCAUGUUUGUAAUACCCACAGGAUCCAUGACAUUCUGCUACGCCGUAGUUAUAUAUGUGCUUUGGAUAAGUGGACGAACUUUAAUGAAUCUGACCUCAACUUCACAGACGUGUAGGAGUAUACCCCUUCGAGACUCAAAUCGCAACUCUAGCGGAUCGUCCUCAGAAGGAACACCGGUCCGACCAAGUAGUAGAAAACGCAUGGUGAGAAGACAAUAUACGUAUGCCUCUUCAAACGUCUCCAUAAGGGAGUCUAUAAUCAAAGGAAGAAAACAGGUAAUCAAAAUGCUGAUCACAGUUAUACUUGUGUUUCUAAUAUGUUGGGGACCUCAACUUUUUUUUCGAAUCAUCAAAUAUUCAGAAUAUGGAGUUCACAUUUAUACGGAGACACAUUUCAAGCUACAGAUUGCUUUGUAUUGCCUGCCAUACAUACAUUCUUGCCUUAACCCAGUUAUUUACGGCUUCAUGUCUAAAACGUUCAGACAAAGUGUCGUGACGUCAUGUAAUAAUACCGUGCUCUUGUCAAAAUGUAGACAAAGGAGAUCACCAAUUGCUGAACUUGAGCUCGAAUCAAAAUACAUCAAUGGCACUUUAAUGACAAAAGCUUUACGGCAAAGUACCUCUAGCGAGUGAUAUGAAAUAAUAUUAA